CUCCGACUGCCACCUGCCAGCCUGCCAGCCACCUGUUUGUCGCGCGCCACCUUCAACUUUACGAUUACAUUUGCCGCAAUUCUAAAAAUUGGAUCACUCCUAAACUCCGCGAAGUACGAACAGUCGGCGGGUGUCGACACUCGUCAAUCGGUAUGGCAGUCAUGUAGAAACAGAUGGACCACUGGACUUAGUUCCACAGCAAACAUGUUGGAUACAAUUUUUGUUUACAUAUUAAAACUUUUGAGGAUCGACCGCGGGGGCGAUAUACCAACGAAUAAACCAUCCCCCGGUGAUCCGAAGAUACUACAAAAAUGCGACGCUCCCGAUCAGUCGCUUUACAUGAUACCUAUACGCCGCAAAAAGUCAUCUGGCCGGAAAAAGGGGUAUACGCAAAAGCUCUGGCGCUAUUUGAGAAAAAAAAAAUGUAAAAAAUGGGUUAGUCCGGUUGACGUGAUCAGAACGCGCAAGUUGAAUAUGCUGGAAUUCUUGACGAAAAACUCGAUGGAUCCGAUUGGAUACGUGCCGAUGAACCCGCAUAUCUAUGUGGACCACUAUCUUCACCCAGCGUCCAUAAACACUUCAUUAUUUUAUAACUUGAAGUCCGAAAAGCUUUACUACUACGACAGGGCCAAUCAAGAAAUCCGAUUCCUCGAUGUGAAAAACGGCAAUACCACUCCUGUAACGGUGAUUGAAAACAUUAAUGUACCUAAAAACGGAUUAGCAUACGACUGGAUUACGAACGACUUAUACUUUAUCGACGCAAAUGAAGGAUGUGUCAAAGUCAUUGGAUUGAAUAAUUUUAUUACGAGAACAGUUAAAAGAUCAACGGAGGAAUCAGUGAUAGUCGCGUUGGCGAUUCAGCCUCGUGAAAACACUUUGUUUUUCGUUCGUCGGGAAUUCAAUCUUAAAACGAUCUUCAAAAGUUCGUUAAACGGAAGUAACGAGCAAAUGGUGACCAAGAUGAGCCUGGGAUCCGCGAAUACCAUUUUGAUUGACACCACAAAUAAUGCGAUAUUACACAUAAACGUUAAGCUACGAUUAAUUGAGAUAACUAGUUUUUAUGGAAAACGCCUUGCAAUUUUCCCGAUCGGGAGAUUAUACUCAUUGAUUACAAUCUUGAACAACAACUUCUUCUCUGCUCUCCGCAGCGAUCAUUCAGUGGUCGCGGCGGAGUUUGAGAGCCAAGAAAGCCUCUCAAACUCUCUGUUUGCCAGCCACAUCAUGAUGAACGAAAUAUACUACGAACCGGUCAUACCGGACGAAAGGAACCAACAGGAAAACCGUGAACGUCCCGAAAAUGAAGAUCAUGCCCACAGAUAUUGGUCCAAUAUAAAACAUCGUAUGGUCAACUACUUUAAGUAAUAUGUUAGAACAAG